AUGCCGCCCUUGAAGAGCUGGCUCUCGAUCGAUGCGAGAAGUCAUUUCUCCAUCCGCAACCUCCCUUUCGGCAUCAUCUCAACGCCGCAUCUUCCGCAGCCCCGACCGGCCAUUGCCAUCGGCAGCUACGCCCUGGACCUGCAUGCAUUCGCUGGCGGCAACGGCUUCUCCAAGCUAUCGAUCGUGCAGCCUCACCAGAGUGUGUUCUCGCAGUCUACAUUGAACGACUUCGCUGCCCUUGGCCGGCCUAUUCAUAGGCUCGUUAGAGAGUACCUGCAGAGUGUACUCCUGGAGAAUGGCCCCUUCCCAGAUGUGCUGGAGAGCAAUGAUCAGCUCCAGCAGCAAGUGUUACUUCCCCUGGAUCAGUGUACGAUGCAUCUGCCCAUGAAGAUUGGCGACUACACAGAUUUCUACGCAGGGCUGAAUCAUGCGUAUAAUGUUGGCGUGUUGUUUAGGGGACCCCAGAAUGCCCUUCAACCUAAUUAUAAGCACCUACCAGUUGGAUAUCACGGCCGUGCCAGCUCUGUCGUCGUCUCUGGCACUCCGAUCCGCCGGCCUACAGGACAAAUAUUGACAGAUCCUGCCGCUGAAAAGAAGGAGCCCGUCCUUAGUCCUUGUAGGAAGCUCGACAUCGAGCUCGAAUUGGGCUGCUUCGUUUGUCAGCCUUCCACUCUUGGUGAGCCAGUGACUAUCUCCCAAGCUCCCGAACAUCUGUUCGGUGUAGUACUUAUGAACGAUUGGUCUGCUCGCGAUAUCCAGGCAUGGGAGUACGUGCCUCUUGGACCUUUCAACAGCAAGAAUUUUGGUACCUCUAUCUCGCCCUGGGUCGUGCUGAUGGACGCCCUGGAACCUUUUGCAACGGAUGGCCUUAAGAAUGACACACGGUUGCUGCCUUAUCUCGACGAGAAGGCUCGCCAGUCACACUAUGCCAUCGACCUAUCCGUCGCGCUGACGACACCCUCGGGAAGUCGGACCACUAUAACGAGGACAUCUGCCACGCAGUUGCUCUUUUCGUUCCCACAGAUGCUAGCUCAUCACACCAUUGGCGGCUGCCCUUUCAACGUCGGCGAUCUUAUGGGAUCAGGAACUAUCAGUGGUGAGAGCAGAGCUGAGAAAGGUGCGUUACUGGAGCAAACCGAGAAUGGCAAGCAUGAGCUCGAGCUUGAAAGCGGUGAAAAGCGAACAUUCCUCGAGGACGGCGACACUGUCACCUUGUCAGGCGUAUGCGGGACCGAUGAGGGUGCUCUUGUUGGCUUUGGCGACUGCAUUGGCACGAUACAGCCAGCACUAGAAAUGAAGUCCUAG